UUUCAUCAGGGACACCCGUGACGGGCCAUCCUGGCCUACUCUGUGACACUCUCUGCCGUGCUGACUCAGCCUUGCACACGGACAUUUCCUCACAGAGGCACUUGCAUAACAGCAACCCCCACAGCUGGCAGCACCCACACUUCCCCGUUUAUUGGGAAGCUCGUUUUUAACUUUGGAAAAUGCCGCUUGCCUGGCACAUAAAAGAACACCUCCUCACCACCCCAAAAAAAAAAAGCCCCAGCCAGCCACAACAGCUCCACCUCAAGCCUUGAGGGGGAUGUGGGAGAGUUCCCUGCCCAGUGAUUGCCUGACUUUGCCCACACACGACAUGCAAGAGCUUCCUCUGCGCUUUCCUCGAGGAGAGCCAGCUCAGCCUGGAACACCCAUGGACCUCCUUGUCCUCAGCUGCUUGCUUGGGAAACACCCGGCUCGGCCAGCCCCAUUCUCCCGGGGCUGAGAUUAGAAUGACAAGGAUUUACAGCCCCACCGAGCUGAAAGGGGAAGGGUUUGCAUGCCUGGCUCCCAGCCCCACUCAGUCACAGGGGCAGGAUUGAGAUUUAGGAGUUCCCACUGCCAGCCUGUGCACAGUCAGGGUUGUUGCCUCGUGCCACACUGCAGAAGAAUGAUGAAACAGAGCCUUUAUGCUGUUAUGAUUCAUGUAAUCUUCACAGAUUUAUGGGGUACAAUAGAUCAGUAACAUAAAUUUUAAAGAGACCUUUCAUUUGUUAAGCAAUCCCUUCCCACCUCUGGGAAGAGAGAGAUGUUUCACCAAAGCACAGACAAGUUUUCUGGUUUGAGCCUGCAACUGAGUUCCUUGAAUUUCAUAGCCUGUGCUUUUCAGCUCAAAGCUCUGAAACAGCAAAGCACACAGAGAAUCAAAUCCUCUUGUUCCCCCCAGAACAAAGAAAAUCCACAGCAGCAGCCAGAAGAGCUUAUUGUAGAUGUUCGUGUAAGCCAAAGGAAUGACUUAAGGGUUUGACCCAGCAUUUAUAUCUGUUCAUCCCUGACAUGGCAAAGAUUCUUAGUUUUGCCUAGUGAGAAGGGAUUAGUUCAGAUUUCUAUUUCAGAGCUGAGGGAACAGCAAGUGAUCUGGUAAUCUGGAUCUAUGCAGUGACAACAGCCUAUCUAUAGAGCAACCUAGAGAAUCUAUACUAAUGAAGCUUAAUUAGUUACCUGCUUUUCUUCCAAGCUUACUUGAAAUGUUUCCCACAAGUUUUGAUUAAUUGUCAUGAGUACAUGUACAGAACAACUUAUUUGCACCUUUGCUAAUCAGCUUUAGUCCCAAUACAUACAAGAAUCAGAUACCUUGUGUCCUGCUCAGACGUUAUUCCACAUUAUCCCUUGAUGGUUGUAUGGAAAAAUGAAGGCACACGCAUCCAGGCACACACAUUUAUCAUUCCAGUGUAAUAUCCCAGCAGCUUUUAAAGAAGGCAGUCAUGGCAUGAGAACAUCUUUGUUACUAUGAAGUCAAACAAAGCUUAGUUUAGCAUCUGAACAGCUGAAACUAAUCUAGACUUAAGGGGAACACUCAAAUCACCUGCCUUAAGGCUUCUUGUUGCUCUGUAGUGCUCUGGCACCACUGAUCUGGGAUCAUGUCCUCGGUGGGAACACUCAAAAUAAAUGUGGUUCUCCAUCAAAAACUCUACUCAUCUCCUACUCCAGCCACUGAAAUGGAAGAAAAUGCGAACACCAGCUUGGAAGAAGACUUUGAAGGACAGGCAACACACACAGGGCCCAAGGGUGUGAUCAACGACUGGAGGAAAUUCAAAUUAGAGAGUGAAGACAGAGACUCCUUACCCCUGAGUAAGAAAGAAAUGCUUAGACAAAUGUCUUCACCCCACAGAUCUUUCAGCAGAGAUGACAAAGACACCCGAGAGAGAUUCUGCCGUAAGAUGAGCAUGCAGGAGUACGAGCUGAUCCACGCCGCGCAGGAGGACGAGAGCUGCCUACAGCAGUACCGCAAGCGCUGCAUGCAGGACAUGCACCAGCGGCUCAGCUUCGGGCCCAAGUUCGGCUUCCUGUGCGAGCUGCAGAACGGGGAACAGUUCCUGGAGGCCGUGGAGAAGGAGCACAAAACCACCACGGUCAUCGUGCACAUUUACGAGGACGGCGUCAAGGGCUGCGAGGCCCUCAACAGCAGCCUGACCUGCCUGGCGGCUGAGUACCCCACCGUCAAGUUCUGCAAGAUCAAGGCCUCCAGCACGGGCGCCGGGGAUCGCUUCUCCAGCGAGGUGCUCCCCUCCCUACUGGUCUACAAGGCCGGGGAGCUGCUGAGCAAUUUCAUUAGUGUUUCUGAACAGUUCAAUGAGGAGUUUUUUGCUGUGGAUGUGGAGGCUUUCCUGAAUGAGUAUGGGCUGCUACCUGAGAGGGAGCUUCCGGCGCUGGGAAAUGGCACGGAUGAGCCAGAUGUUGAAUAAUUAGAGCCAGAGUCCUCACUGCCUCCCUUUCCUCUUUGGUCAGCUGUCAACCAAUGUCAGUAACACCCAUCCCCACUUAGAGAAGGCUGUCCUUGCUGGUUUACUUGUAACAAAUAAAGAUGUAAAAUCUGUUUAACUGUUAGCAUGUGAAUUCCACUUACAACACAUACAGCUGGCAGUCCUGUACAUACUUCAGUGCCAGCCACAAGUAAUAGGAAGAACAGCAGUGAUAUUUAAGAAAUAUAGGAAAAACAAAUUAAAAAUUGAGGGCCCAUGCCUGUCUCCACAAAGCACAAGUCCCUCAUCUCAGUGGGGACAGGAGUGGUCCAUCCCUCUGUGCACACAAAAAGCCAUCUCCAUGCUCUGGAGUUACAUCAAGUCCUGGCUCCUGAUUCACUUCUACCAACUUUAGCAGGAACAAGCAAUUUUAAGGGCAGACAAAUAGCCCGAAGUCCUUGCAUUCCUAAAUGGCUCAAGUAUCUAGGUCAUUAUUUUAUUCCACAUUUAAUACUCAAUACUGAUGCAAAGGGAGAAGUUAGCUCAGUGCUCCUGUAAAGUUUUUCACCCAAACAGCUGACACAGACACAGCAUCAGCUGAUUUCAGUUCAUCAGUGCUCCUAUGCUGAGCAGCAGCAUUUAAAAUGCCUGUGAGUUUCUGGAAAAAUAUGUUAUGCUUAUGUAAUAACUCUGAAUAAAGUUUAUCAGCUGUCAAAACCUGCCAUUGGAAGUGUGGAAUAUAUUGGUAGUACGUAACCCUACCCUUAAAAACAUGUGAAAUAUUAGUAAAUACUUACUAGAUAUUUACUAAACUCAAAGUUUAAAGUUUUGUUAAAGGGAAGCUGCUGAGAGCUACAAUUUAAUAAUCUGAUUGAGAGGAAGAUAUGGGAUAAAGUCACUAUAGACAUUAUCUGUAUCUUACUGAAGAUCUUAACAGCACAGAUUAGUUUAUAAUAUUUGAGAUUAUAAAAAUGUUAAAGACUAUUUCUCUUUUGUUUAUUUUUCUUUUGUUCUAUCAAAAUGCUACUGAAUUGUUACUUUGACAUUCUUUUGCCAUGGAUGACCAUUUUAACAGAGCUCCAGAAACCUCAUGUCAUGUACACUAAGCAGUGCAAAUGAAGUUCCUUAUCAUCCCUUGUACAAUCUUCUCUAACCUAAAACAAUUCAUGACUUUAUUACACCAAGAAUUCAAAUAGCAUGUUCCCAAAAUGUCAUGAUUUCCAUGUAAAUUGCUGAGUGAAAGAUUGUUCCAAGUCUUUCUGAUGGAACUCCAGGGAGAAUAAAGCUUUUUCCUUGGAGCAGUCCUCUCUCCCUUUACUGAAGCAGGAAUAUGACCCCUCAGGUAAUGCCACUUUCAUCCUAAUAUUUCAUUUGUCUCUUCAGAAUAUUUGCAGAUCUACCACUUGCAGAUACACCCAACAGCAUGAAAAUCCAAUGAUCUUCAGGAGUUUAGGUAGAAAAUACUGAAUUAUCUUUGUCCAUCACAAAAGUAACCAGUUACCUGAGCAGAAGGACAAUAUUUCUCUUGCAUUUAGUGAUAUGUUUUGAGGAAGAGACAUGAAAAAUUUAAAUCCUCUACACACCAAAAAAAAUCUCCAUGUAAGCUGUGGGAACUUAACUUCCAUGAGAACUUUCCCUCUUUAUCCAACUUGGUUUAAAAGCUGUUAGAGUGUGCAUCAGCAGCCUCAUCACAUAAGCUUCAUUUUUUAGAAAACAAUGCUGAAACCACAAAACCCCAACAAAAACACCACAGAAGCUCCACCUACAGCUACUGUAAGAAAUAAGUUGACACUCCAAUUUAAGAGACAGAUUAAACAUGCUUAAGCAGGAUUUUCUUCUACCUGUCAUUUAAAAAACAAAAACCAAAGAGCAAAUACACAUGUGGCACCAAGCCUCAACAGAAGCUGAUGACUAAUGAAGUUGCAAAUAAAACUUUGAUCACAGCAGUUAUCAGUUUCUCUGGGAAAAAAAACAAAAACCAACCUUAAAAACAAAAAGCAAGAUUUGACUCAAACAUUUAUUACUGUAUGAAGGGUUUUGAGUAGCAAACAGUAAAUGCUUCAACAAGCACAUGGGAACAGCCUUCCUGCUACCCUGGGCUGUGGUUACUCUUCCUUUUGACUCAAGGUCACAGAGACCCUAAGUCCCCAGAUAUUCUGAUGGAGCAGAGGGGGGAACUAAUUCUCACUGGUGUCACUGCUGCUCAGACUGAGAGCAAAGCUUCUGGUGGAUGCCAGUGUCCUGCUGCCAGCUGGGACAGCUAUUUUUCCUCCCAGCAGCUGAAUAGGGCUUUUGGAUUCAGUACAGAAUCAUUUGAUAACACACUGAUGCUUCCGUUGCUGCUGAGCAGAGCUCACCCCAAGUCCAGGACUCUGCAGUGCCCCAGCUCUGCCAGUGAAGAGCUGCAGCAGAGCUGGGAUGGAGCAGAGCUGGGUGCAGCAUGGCCAGCAGCGCUGGGGGGAGCAUGGCCAGCAGAGCUGGGAUGGAGC